AUGUACGUCUACGCCCUGUUCUGCCUGCUGGCAUUGGCGAACGCCAAUCCGCUGCACUCGCAUGUCGAGCCCGGCUCGCACAUUGUCAUAGUGACGCCGCAGGCGCAGGUGCAUCUGGAGCCGGCCCUGCGCUAUGUGCAUGGUCUCUCGCCUUUGGCGCGUGUCGCGGCGCCACAUCACGAGGAGACCAUUGUGUAUGUGCCAGCCGGUACGGCAGCCUCUGUCCUCCCCGUGGUGGACAGUGUGGGUUCUGGUCGUGCCACUGGCGCUGCCAUCGCACCUGACACCAAGCAGAUCGAACAAAUUGGCCAAAACAUUGAGCAGAUACAGCAGCAGGUGCAACAGGGCGCCGAAAGUUGGGGCGGACAAUUCAGCGAUGCCUCCAAUGCGGCCGCUGCCGCUGCAGCUGCAGCCGGUGCUGGCUUCUUCCCCAGCUUCUAUCCACCGAGCGGCAACAUCAAGAAGGAGGAACAAAAGCUCAAGACAGAGAAAAUUGAAUUGAUUGAGACGCCUGCCAACACUCAGCCACUGCUGACUGCCACCGAGGCACGUCACUUCUACACUCUGCCGCAGGUCUAUCACACGCCCGUCGUCGAUGUCGUCCACGCACCCGUCUAUCUGACGCCCAUUUCGGCCAUUCGUGCGCGCAGCAUCCAGCCGGAGCAGAGCAUUGAGCUGAAGGCCGAGGAGCCCCAGUUGGAGCAGCCAUUGGAGCCGCAGCUCAAGCUGCAGCCGCUGCAGCAGAAGGCCGAGUUUGCCGGACGUCUGCUGGAGGCCAAUGCGCUCAAACAGGAAUUGCAAAACUCUGAAAUUGCUAAGGAGCCCGUAAAGGAGGAGGCCAAGCCACAGAAUGAGCCGCUGAUCAAGGCGGCUCUGGCCGAGCCCCUGGAACAACAGCAACAACAACCGCAGCCGGCAGAGAGCAUUCCAUUGGCCCCACAGGCCUAA